CAGGACUUGCAGUGAAUGGAGGAGGACACUUUUUACUAGAGAUUUAACUCAUCUAAACAUAUCAAGCGUUUGGGAUACACCAAGUGGCACGGGCUCUCACCAUGUUUCGAAACAGUCUCAAGAUGCUUCUCACAGGAGGGAAGUCGAACCGCAAAAACAGGUCCAGUGAUGGAGGGAACGAGGAGCCACCAGACCGAAGACAGGCAAGUGUAGACUCCCGUCAGAGCCGAGCUGGGCAAGGCACCUCCACAGAGAACGACUGUGCUUUUGAACCUGACUACGCUAUUCCUCCUCUCCCAGUGACCGAAGGUAUGCAGCACAUUCGGAUUAUGGAGGGCAUGUCCCGCUCCCUUCCAUCCUCCCCCUUACUCACACAUCAGUCUAUCAGUGUUCGGCUCCAACCUGUGAAGAAGUUAACUGCCCCUUUGAGGAAGGCAAAGUUUGUGGAGAGCCCUCGAAUCCCAGAGUCUGAGCUUGGCUCCCCAACCCUCUCCGCAGCCCAGAAGUUGGACGUUGAUGCUUUCUGCCCCGGUGAUACUGAGCAGGAGCUGGGACCCCCUCCGUCCGUAGAUGAGGCAGCAAACACACUCAUGACUCGCCUGGGCUUCCUCCUCGGAGAGAAAGUCACGGAGGUUCAGCCAGGGCCCCAGUACAGCAUGGAGGUGCAGGACGAGAACCAGAGCUCGGCGGUGACGCAGCGCAUCAGCCCCUGCUCCACCCUGACCAGCAGCACGGCCUCGCCGCCCGCCAGCAGCCCCUGCUCCACCCUCCCUCCUGUCAGCACCAGUGUCACGGCCAAGGACUGCACCUACGGAGCCGUCACCAGCCCCACCUCCACCCUGGAGAGCCGGGACAGCGGCAUCAUCGCCACUUUGACGAGCUACUCCGAAAACGUGGACCGCACCAAGUAUGGAGGGGAGAGCAGUAAAGAGCUGGGAUCUGGAGGAAACCUGAAGCCUUGGCAGUCCCAGAAAUCCAGCAUGGACUCCUGCCUGUACCGCGUGGACGAGAACAUGACGGCCUCCACCUACAGCCUCAACAAAAUCCCCGAGAGGAACCUGGAGACCGUCCUGUCCCAGUCGGUGCAGUCCAUCCCUCUUUACCUUAUGCCACGGCCAAAUUCAGUAGCAGCCACCAGCUCGGCCCACCUGGAGGACCUGGCCUACCUGGACGAGCAGAGACACACCCCCCUGCGCACCUCGCUCCGGAUGCCGCGGCAGAGCGUGGCCGGCGCCCGGGCACAGCAGGACCUGAGAGUGCGAUUCGCGCCCUACAGACCCCCCGACAUCUCCCUGAAGCCGCUGCUCUUCGAGGUGCCCAGCAUCACCACCGAGUCCGUGUUCGUGGGCCGCGACUGGGUGUUCCACGAGAUCGACGCGCAGCUCCAGAGCUCCAACGCCAGCGUCAACCGGGGCGUGGUGAUCGUCGGCAACAUCGGCUUCGGCAAGACCGCCAUCAUCUCCAGGCUGGUGGCGCUCAGCUGCCACGGCACCCGCAUGAGGCAGAUCGCCUCGGACAGCCCCCACGCCUCCCCGAAGCAUGUGGAUGCCAACCGAGAGCUGCCCCUGACCCAGCCACCCUCUGCUCACCCGUCCAUCACCAGCGGGAGCUGCCCGGGCACCCCCGAGAUGCGCCGGCGCCAGGAGGAGGCCAUGAGGAGAUUGGCCUCACAGGUCGUGGCCUAUCACUACUGCCAGGCCGACAACGCCUACACCUGCCUGGUGCCCGAGUUCGUGCACAACGUGGCCGCCCUGCUGUGCCGCUCCCCGCAGUUCGUGGCCUACCGGGAGCAGCUGCUGCGCGAGCCCCACCUGCAGAGCCUGCUCAGCCUGCGCUCCUGCGUCCAGGACCCCAUGGCCUCCUUCCGUAGGGGCGUCCUGGAGCCCCUGGAGAACCUGCACAAAGAGAGGAAGAUCCCUGAUGAAGAUUUCAUUAUACUAAUUGAUGGUUUAAACGAGGCUGAAUUUCACAAGCCAGAUUAUGGAGACACCAUAGUAUCAUUCCUGAGCAAAAUGAUUGGAAAAUUUCCUUCCUGGCUGAAGCUGGUAGUGACAGUCAGGACGAGUCUACAGGAAAUAAUUAAGCUGUUGCCCUUCCACAGAAUAUUUUUGGAUAGACUGGAAGAGAACGAAGCCAUCGACCAGGACCUGCAGGCUUACAUCCUCCACCGGAUCCACAGCAGCUCGGAGAUCCAGAACAACAUCUCGCUCAACGGCAAAAUGGACAACACCACGUUCGGCAAGCUCAGCUCUCACCUCAAGACCUUGAGCCAGGGGUCCUACCUGUACCUGAAACUCACUUUUGAUCUCAUAGAGAAGGGAUACCUGGUGCUCAAAAGCUCCAGCUACAAGGUGGUGCCCGUGUCCCUGUCCGAGGUGUACCUGCUGCAGUGCAAUAUGAAGUUCCCAACACAGUCUUCCUUUGACCGGGUCAUGCCCCUCUUGAAUGUGGCAGUGGCUUCUCUGCACCCAUUAACAGACGAACAUAUUUUUCAGGCCAUUAAUGCAGGUAACGUUGAGGGCACUUUGGAGUGGGAGGACUUUCAGCAGAGGAUGGAGAACCUUUCUAUGUUUCUUAUCAAACGUAGAGAUAUGACGCGAAUGUUUGUUCAUCCCUCUUUCCGAGAAUGGCUCAUUUGGAGAGAAGAAGGUGAAAAGACCAAGUUUCUUUGUGAUCCUAGGAGUGGCCACACCCUACUUGCCUUCUGGUUUUCCCGACAAGAAGGAAAAUUAAAUCGGCAGCAAACUAUUGAACUGGGACAUCACAUCCUCAAAGCACACAUUUUUAAGGGGCUGAGUAAAAAAGUUGGAGUGUCUUCCUCCAUCCUCCAAGGGCUUUGGAUCUCCUACAGUACUGAAGGUCUUUCCAUGGCUUUGGCAUCCCUGAGAAACCUCUACACCCCGAACAUAAAGGUCAGUCGGCUGCUGAUUCUGGGAGGCGCAAACGUGAAUUACAGGACGGAAGUCCUGAACAACGCCCCCAUCCUGUGCGUGCAGUCCCACCUGGGCUACGCCGAGAUGGUGGCUUUGCUCCUGGAGUUCGGCGCCAACGUCGACGCCGCCUCGGAGAGCGGCCUGACCCCCCUGGGCUACGCGGCCGCCGCCGGGUUCCUGAGCAUUGUGGUGCUGCUGUGCAAGAAAAGGGCCAAGGUGGAUCAUCUGGACAAGAACGGUCAGUGUGCCCUGGUCCACGCCGCCCUCAGAGGACACUUGGAGGUGGUGAAGUUCUUGAUCCAGUGUGACUGGAGCAUGGCUGGGCAGCAGCAGGGGGUGUUCAAGAAGAGCCACGCCAUCCAGCAGGCCCUGAUCGCCGCUGCCAGCAUGGGCUACACCGAGAUCGUCUCCUACCUGCUCGAUCUCCCAGAAAAAGACGAAGAGGAGGUGGAGAGAGCACAGAUCAACAGCUUUGACAGCCUUUGGGGAGAGACAGCUCUGACGGCGGCGGCCGGGCGCGGGAAGCUGGAGGUGUGCCGGCUGCUCCUGGAGCAGGGGGCGGCCGUGGCGCAGCCCAACCGCCGCGGGGUCGUCCCGCUCUUCAGCGCCGUCAGGCAGGGCCACUGGCAGAUCGUGGAUCUCCUGCUGACGCACGGCGCCGACGUGAACAUGGCAGACAAGCAGGGCAGGACGCCGCUGAUGAUGGCAGCGUCCGAGGGGCACCUGGGCACCGUGGAGUUCCUGCUUGCACAAGGUGCCUCCAUUGCUCUGAUGGACAAGGAGGGGUUGACAGCCCUGAGCUGGGCCUGCCUGAAGGGCCACCUGCCCGUGGUGCGUUCCCUGGUGGAGAAUGGAGCUGCCACCGACCACGCGGAUAAGAACGGGCGCACGCCGCUGGACCUGGCGGCGUUCUACGGCGACGCAGAGGUGGUUCAGUUCCUGGUGGACCACGGGGCCAUGAUCGAGCACGUGGACUACAGCGGGAUGCGGCCCCUCGACAGGGCAGUCGGCUGCCGCAACACCUCGGUCGUGGUCACCCUCCUGAAGAAAGGAGCAAAGAUAGGUUGUCAGACGUUACCGAGUCGCCCACGAGGUCCAGCAACAUGGGCGAUGGCAACCUCCAAACCAGACAUCAUGAUCAUCCUGUUGAGCAAGCUGAUGGAGGAGGGAGACAUGUUCUAUAAGAAAGGUAAAGUGAAAGAGGCCGCCCAGCGCUACCAGUACGCUCUGAAGAAAUUCCCCAGGGAAGGGUUUGGAGAAGACCUGAAAACCUUCCGUGAGCUGAAGGUGUCGCUGCUCCUCAACCUCUCCCGCUGCCGAAGGAAAAUGAAUGAUUUUGGGAUGGCGGAGGAGUUUGCCACUAAGGCUCUGGAGCUGAAACCGAAGUCUUACGAAGCUUACUAUGCAAGAGCAAGGGCCAAACGCAGCAGCAGGCAGUUUUCAGCAGCCCUGGAGGACCUGAACGAGGCCAUCAAGCUGUGCCCCAACAACCGUGAGAUCCAGCGGCUGCUGCUGCGGGUGGAGGAGGAGUGCAGGCAGGUGCAGCAGCAGCAGCAGCAGCCGCCGCCGCUCCCGGCAGAGCCGGAACCCGAAGCCCAGCACGAAGAGCUGUACUCUGUGCAGGACAUCUUCGAGGAGGAGUACCUCGAGCAGGACGUAGAAAACGUUUCCAUUGGCCUGCAGACAGAGUCCAGGCCAAACCAAGGGCUGCCCAUCAUCCAGAGCCCACCCCCGUCCCCGGCUCACAGGGACUCGGCCUAUAUCUCCGGCUCCCCUCUUGGCUCUCAUCAGGUCUUUGAUUUCAGGUCCAACAGCUCCGUGGGGUCCCCGACCAGGCAGGGCUACCAGUCCACGUCCCCUGCUCUGUCCCCGACGCACCAAAACUCACAUUACAGGCCCAGUCCUCCACACACGUCCCCGGCUCACCAGGGCUCCACGUACCGCUUCAGCCCCCCUCCCGUGGGGAGCCAAGGGAAGGAAUAUCAGAGCCCGCCGCCCUCUCCUCUCCGCAGAGGCCCCCAGUACCGUGCCAGCCCCCCGGCAGAGAGCAUGAGCGUCUACAGGUCACAGUCGGGCUCCCCGGUGCGCUACCAGCAGGAGCCCAGCGGGGUCACCCAGCUCCCCGGCAGGCCCAAGUCUCCGCUCUCCAAGAUGACGCAGAGAUCCUUCCAGAUGCCGCAGCUCCCCGUGGCCGUGCCGCAGCAGGGGCUGAGGCUGCAACCGGCCAAGGCGCAGAUCGUGAGGAGCAACCAGCCCAGCUCCGCCGUCCACUCCAGCACCGUCAUCCCCACCGGGGCCUACAGCCAGGUCGCCCACUCGAUGGCCAGCAAGUACCAGUCGUCGUCGGGGGACAUGGGGGUCACCCAGAGCAGGCUGGUCUACCAGGGCUCCAUCGGGGGCAUCGUGGGCGACAGCAGGCCCGUGCAGCACGUGCAGGCGAGCCUCAGCGCCGGGGCCAUCUGCCAGCACGGAGGGCUGGCGAAGGAAGACCUUCCCCAGAGACCGUCCUCGGCCUACAGAGGGGGGAUGAGGUACAGCCAGACACCUCAGAUCGGGCGGAGCCAGUCCGCUUCCUACUAUCCCGUGUGCCACUCCAAGCUGGACCUGGAGCGCUCGCCCCUCCCCGCCAACCAGCUGGGCUCUCCAGAUGUGUCCCAUCUCAUAAGAAGGCCCAUCUCAGUGAAUCCCAGCGAAAUCAAGCCUCACCCGCCGACUCCCAGGCCGCUGCUCCACUCUCAGAGCGUGGGCCUGCGCUUCUCCCCCUCCAGCAAUAGCAUCUCCUCCACCUCCAACCUGACGCCCAACUUCCGCCCUUCCGCCUCGAUUCAGCAAAUGGAGAUUCCCCUCAAGCCAGCCUACGACAGAUCGUGCGACGAGCUCUCUCCGGUGUCCCCCACGCAGGGGGGUUAUCCCAGCGAGCCGGCCCGCUCCCGGACCACGCCCUUCAUGGGAAUCAUAGAUAAAACCGCUCGGACUCAGCAGUACCCCCACCUCCAUCAGCAGAACCGGACCUGGGCCGUGUCGUCAGUGGACACUGUCAUUAGCCCCACGUCUCCUGGCAAUCUGCCCCAGCCGGAAUCCUUUAGCCCGCCCUCUUCAAUCAGCAACAUUGCCUUUUAUAACAAAACCAACAAUGCACAGAAUGGCCAUUUGCUAGAGGAAGACUAUUACAGCCCCCAUGGGAUGCUGGCCAAUGGGUCCCGGGGAGACCUCCUGGAGAGAGUCACCCAAGCCUCCUCGUACCCCGACGUCAAGGUGGCAAGGACGCUGCCCGUGGCGCAGGCCUACCAGGAUAACCUGUACAGGCAGCUCUCCAGGGACUCCAGGCAAGGGCAGACGUCCCCAAUCAAACCAAAGAGACCAUUUGUGGAGUCUAAUGUGUAAAAGACGCUUGUUGGAGUAAGACCCUCAUGUUUUCAGCACACACUUCCAAGCUUGAUUUCCAUGCAUAUUAUUAUUAUUAUUAUUAUUAAUUAUUAUAAUUAUUAUUAUUAUUAUUAUUAUUAUUUUUAUUUCUCUCUGGUAGCUACAUGACCAAGUUUCUCCGGUACUUUGUGUGGUGGUCAGACAGCCAUGCACGUGCUCCAGCCCUUUCGUUCCCCAGCUGACCGUGAAGCCAACAUCAGCCGAGCCAGUAUCGUUUGCCCAAUUCCAGCAAAGUUCCAACCAGGAUAUCUUAGUCCGUGGCGCGGGGUGGCCCAGAGAUAUCCCUACGCAGCGGGAGGUAACCAGCUCUUUUUCAAGAGACAAUCGCCUUCGAUUUAAAUUUGGUUUUCUUUUGUCUCGAUGAGCUCUUACUCAGUUCUGACGGGAAUUCCUAGGGAUCACAGGAGCCUUUCCCGAGGCUGCUCCCCGUGCCAGCCAGGCCAGUUUGGCUCUUUGCCCCAAAGAGCAAAAUCACCCUCAGCGAGCAAGGGCUGAGGGUGAUGUGAUGUGAUGUAACACCGGUAGCUAUGCACAACACCCAUCCCGAUUCCGCUGGUUUCCAGCAUUUUAAUCCCAGUUGGAUUCCCUCCUUCCUUAACCUCGUCAUCGGUGCUGGGGUGGGGAUCACUUUGCUGCUUUCCAAGUGCCCGCUGGGUGCCCCUACACUGAUUUCGUUGCUCUGGGACGUUCUGCAAGCGUUGAGGGCUUAAGGUUGGCCCUUCGUUAACGUGUUUUGAUCAGUCAAGGGAAUUGCCCAGGAACCUCUUGUGUGUGAACCGGGAUUGCACCAACUUCC